AUGUGCUGCAAUCUCUCUACAUACGUUGAGUAUUCGUGCAGCCACCGAAUUCUUCAGCAGACGCAAUACCUGGAUUGCAAUCGAUGGGACUGCCGCCUGAGCAAGUACCACAACCAUGACAAUGCAGAGCACGACUGCAAAAACAACUGUGCGCAAGAAUUACUUGAAGAUCGACACCUGACAGUCGACUGGCAACACCGGCCUUGCACACCUUGCAGGGUCCUGGCUCCGACGAACGGCGUAAACGCAUAG